AUGGACAACUCCCGCCGUGCCUCUGGCGGCAGCCGGCAACGCUCCUCGUCGACAUCAAGUAGCGCCUCGACGGCCUCGACCGUAUCUUCCAUCACCCAGGAGGACUAUGACCUAAUUGCCAGUGCUGCUAUCCCCGAUGGCUUUCGACCAUCUGGUCCCGUUCCGCCAUCUCUACGACGCCCGGCGCCUCUUCCCUCGGGCCCGUUGCUGCCGCCUCCCCAAGCCGUCAAUCCGUCAUUUUCCAAAUGGAAUCAUCGACCUUCCAGCGUUGUCAAGGCCCCUAGGCCUCACGAUUCACUCACUAUCCGUGCGGACGGCUCCAAUGCCACCAACGCGAACCAAACGGGCGGGAAUGGUGUCCCGCCGCUGCGAGUGGAGGCUCCAUACCGUGGCCCCUCGAAUCCUGUGCAUCCAUACGGCAUGUAUCCCCAACGAACCGCAAGUAACGCUACCGACCGAAGCGUCCGUGGCAACCGCCCAUCCUCAUACACUGGCCCCCGUGGCCCUACUCACCCAUAUACGCUAUAUACACAGGGCACCGCAGCCGCACCUGUUGAAGCCAAUCAACAAGCCAUUCCUGUCGGCUUCACCGGACUAGCGGCACCAUAUGAACGCCAGAUAGGGCCCGACGGUGAGGACAUCGGCGACCUAUUAGGGCCGCUUGGUCACACGGAAGAACUUCCUCCCUACUCUCGAUACCCCGAAGUGGCCUUUUCUACUAAGCCUGCACCCGGUAUUGCUACCGCUGUUGGUUCUGCACAAACUCCGGUGCAGCAUGCACACAAUGAAGAGGCUUCGGGUAGUGGAUCAGCUGCUACUACAAUUGUUACCCCGGAGGUACAGAACACUGGCGAAGUUCCCCAAGAAAAUCCGUUUGCCUCUGCCGAUGACGACCUGAUGCCGACAAUCUCGAGGCAUUCAAGACAUUCAAGACAUUCAAUCAGAACAAUUUCCACAUAUCGCGACAACCCGUCAUCUGACGAGACUUACUCUGAAAAAGAACCUGAAAUCCAGACCAAAUGGCAACGCAGGGCGAGGAGAAAACUCUGGGGCGUCAUUCCAUACUGGUCUAUUUGCCUGGUUCUUGUUGGGCUCAUCCUGGGCAGUGUCAUGGGUGCAGUUGUCGGAACUGUUUUGACAAAGAGCUCGUCGGGCAAGGAGAAGCGGCCGCGGCCGCGGCCUACAUCAGAUCCCGACCAUAACCCGAGCCCCACGGCUGUUGAUAUCCAACCACUGCCAACCGUUCCUACCGCGCUUUUGCCAUUGCCUGUUGGCGCAUUCUCGCUCCCACAAUUAGACGGCGGCAGUACUAGGCGAUUGUGUGUCGGUGACCCUAGUCAGCUCGCAGCCUGGAGUUGUAAUAUGGCUUUCCGAUUUUACUCGAUCAACAUCGUUCCCGACGCCACUCGGCCUUCUACUGAGCGAUACAACUUCACGCUCAAGCCCAUCAACAACACCCAAUCUCAACUGCUAUGGGGCACCCAGCCGCCUUUCAUUAAGGAUCCAGUGAAGCUGACGCUUGUCAACGAUAGCAUAGACGGAGACACGCGCGGCCCUGCGUGGUGGUCAUCUGUUUCCUAUGACAAGACUGUCAUUGUACGGGAGAACGACCUGACUCCCAAGCGCAAACGAGACUGGAUUUCACCGGGACUGCCUGCGGUAUUGGGCAAUGUCAACUCGCAGAGGUCGAGGUUCAUGAGAUCAAGGUACCAGCCGCAACCUGGUGACUGCAUGUGGGUCUGCACCUGGCCGAAGACGGUACUGGAAAUUCUCAUCUAUCCCGGUCAAAACGUAACGGCAUCUCCAAGCGCCUCAUUUGCCUCCGCGACGGCCACAACGUCGCAGUGGCCAGGCCGCACACCAUCUCCAAACAGCGACUCGAACUUCGGCAACUUUGAUUUGGACGAGAUGCCUUUUGACCCACUGUCGCCCUAUCCCAGACUUUUACGAAUGUUGGAGCGCCGCGUGCCAACCAAUGAGCCUGUCAAGUGCUUCAAGUACGCGAUGAACAGUCAUGGCAAUAUUGCACCCCUGUUCCACCCCAACGGUGAUCUCAUGUCGAUGGACAUUAACGAGACUUCCAACACUAUGCACCGGGCCGACCUCACUCCUGACGCCUACAACAGCGAGAAUCCAAACAAUAAUAGGGAUGGCGACCCGGAAAUGUCCAGCAUUGCCCCUCGCAAUGCCAUAGAAUUCACACCUUGCGGCUGUCUUUGGUCACAGUAA